CCAUGGGUCAGGCAGGGAGUGUAGACGCUGUAAGCGGGGAGCAGGGAGAGAUCGGGGUGGCUGAGCUACAGGACUGGUACAAGAAGUUUGUCACCGAGUGCCCCAGCGGAACUCUCUUCUUCCACGAGUUCAGGCGCUUCUGCGGGGUGUUGGACAACGAGGAGGCUGCAGAAUACAUCGAGAACUUGUUCCGCGCCUUCGACAAGAACGGGGACAACACCAUAGAUUUCCUGGAAUAUGUGGCAGCCCUCAACCUGGUUCUGAGGGGCAACCUGGAGCACAAGCUGAAGUGGACAUUCAAAGUUUACGACAAGGACGGCAAUGGAUGCAUCGACAAGGCCGAGCUACUGGCCAUAGUGGAGUCUAUUUACAGGUUGAAGACAGCAUGUCGCCGAGGACCGGACGAUGGGGCCCCUCACCUCUCCCCCGAGGAGGUCGUAGACCGAAUAUUCCAGUUAGUGGAUGAGAACGGUGAUGGCCACCUGUCCCUGGAUGAGUUUGUAGACGGAGCUCGCAAAGACAAGUGGGUGAUGAAGAUGUUGCAGAUGGAUGUCAACCCCGGCAGCUGGAUUAACGAGCAGAGGCGGAAAAGUGCUUAGUUUUAACCGGCACGAGGAACUGCAGGUGCUGGGACUUGCAACAAAGCGCAGAGUGCUGGAGGAACCCGGCUGGGUCAGAGGGCAUCUGGGGCGGGAAGGGACAGACGGCAUUUCGAGUCGUGACCCUUCCCCAGUCCGAUUGUAGAUUUGUUUAGUUUAGAGAUACAGCGCGUAAACAGGCCCUUCGGCCCACCGAGUCCGUGCCGACCAGCGAUCCCCGCACACUAACACUAUCCUACACACACACACUGGGGACAAUUUACAUUUACACCAAGCCAAUUAACCUGCAAACCUGCACGUCUUUGGAGUGUGGGAGGAAACCGGAGCACCCGGAGAAAGCCCACGCAGGUCACGGGGAGAACGUGCAAACUCCGUACAGACAGCACCCGUAGUCAGGAUGGAACCCGGGUCUCUGGCGCUGGGAGGCAGCAGCUCUACCCGCUGCACCACCGUGCCGGCCUGUAGCAGAGGGUGGGGGCAGGCAUGUGAUAGGUAGACACAAGCUUCACAUCCCACUCCUG